CAGUUUUUACACCACACAAGUUUGGCAACACUUGUCUGGGGGCGUGUGGGGGUGUACUUCGGCGAAAAAAUCCCUAAACAAAUCAUUUUUAUCGAGGGUUUUGUUAUGAGUUUCCUCGAAUUUUCCACGUAAAAUGAGUGACUUAUUUAAAUCAGCAUAUGAGUACUUUAGUGGCCCCACGAACGGGCAAAGUGACAACAAUUUCGUGGGCCAAGUAAUAGAAAUUUCUAAUGUUAAACUCCGAAUAAAAAAAGUCAUUGCUGAAGGCGGUUUUGCUGUAGUUUUCGUUGCCCAGGACGUGGCCACGGGCAAAGACUACGCUUUGAAAAGACUUUUGGCCGCAGAUGAAGAAGCAAAGAACAACAUUAUGCAGGAGAUUAACAUCCUGAAGAAGCUGGCAGGGCACCCCAACAUUAUCCAGUAUUUGUCGGCGUCGUUUAUUGAUAAAUCACAGACCACACAUGGGAAGGCGGAGUUUUUGUUGGUCACAGAGUUGUGCACAGGAGGCUCCUUGGCCGAGAUUUUGCAGGCGAGGAGUGCCCCCUUCGAGCCGGAAAUCAUCACACGAAUAUUCUAUCAAACAUGUCGGGCUUUGGCACACAUGCACUCGCAGAAUCCGCCAAUUAUACACAGAGACUUAAAACUAGAGAAUUUAUUGAUAAGUAGAGACGGUACAAUAAAACUAUGUGACUUUGGUUCAGCCACUGUUGAAAUAUUUAGACCUGACCUGACCUGGUCUGCCAACCAACACGACAGUCUGGAAGAAAAUAUGGCGCACUGUACAACCCCCAUGUACCGCGCCCCCGAAAUGGUCGACACUUGGAACAACUAUUUCGUGGGCCCCCCUGUGGACAUCUGGGCCCUGGGCUGUCUCCUCUACGUCUUUUGUUACAUGAAGCACCCGUUUGAAGACAGCGCUAAAUUGCGAAUUAUUAACGCUAAUUACAAUCUUCCUCCCGAUCCUAAAUAUUCAUGCUUCCAAGACAUUAUCCGUGGCUGUCUCCAAGUCAAUCCCGAGCAACGCUUGACCGUGUCCGGAGUGCUGGAGCGGGUGGCUGCCAUCGCCGAGUCCAACGGUUUCAAUUUGAGGGCCCCCUUGCAGUUCCAGCAGAAGCAGUCCCCGGAGCCCGACCACAGCUCCGGCGAUGGGGUCCACAACAACGUGAAGCCGCCGCCGCGGCCGGUGCCCCCCAAGCCGCAGCCGGCCCCCGAGCGGCCCCCGCAGCCCCCCCAGAGGCCCGCAAUGCCCGUGCAGCGGCCCCCGGAGGGGAAGCAGUCGGGGCUGUUCUCGUCGCUGAAGGGCGGAGCCGGGAGUUUUUUGAAGAAUUUGAAAGAUACGAGUUCGAAAGUGAUGGCAACGAUGCAACAAUCGAUAGCGAGGACGGAUUUGGAUGUGAGUUAUGUGACUUCGCGUAUUUUGGUGAUGCCGUAUCCGUCUGAGGGUAUUGAAUCUGCGUAUAAAACUAAUCAUAUUGAAGAUGUGCGCGUGUUUUUGGACUCGAGGCAUCCGAAUUUGAAGUAUUCCGUUUAUAAUCUUAGCGGGAAGUCGUAUCAUUCGAAGUUUGGGCAAGCGAGGGUUGUCGAUUGUACGUUUGCGUAUCCUGAACAUUUUAAAGCUCCGUUGUUGAAUUCGCUGUACCAGCUUUGCGAGGAUAUUUAUCAGUAUUUGGCUGGUGAUAGUCGGAAUGUGGUCGUUGUUCACUGCACGGACGGAAAAGCCACCUCUGCCACCCUCGUAUGCGGCUUACUUAUUUAUUCAUUUCUUUACGAAGUUCCUGAAGAUGCCCUACAAAUGUUUGCCGUCAAGCGCUGUCCACCCAAUAUGAGACCUUCCGAAUUAAGAUACCUGUACUAUUUGGCAGAUAUUGUGAAAAACCCGCCGGCUUAUCCGCACUAUAAACCGGUCACUUUUGUCUCGAUUCAGAUGCAGCCGGUCCCACUUUUCACCAAAAUUAGAGAUGGGUGUCGCCCGUAUUUGGAGGUUUACAGCGAGAAUCGGUGCUUACUUUCGACGCUACAAGACUACGAAAAAAUGAGAUUGUAUAAUGUUACCGAAGGAAAAGUUUUAUUGCCGAUCAAUGUGAGCGUUUGUGGCGACGUUUGCAUCACCAUUUACCACGCAAGAAACAUCCUAGGGGGCGUCAUGACCCAAGGCAAGGCUACAGGGAUUAAAAUCUGCCAACUGCAAUUACACACCGGUUUUAUACCGGAGGAGGAAACCUGUUUGAAAUUUAACAAAUCGGAAUUGGAUGAAAUAUCCGACGGUCAGGAUCACUACCAGGACAGAUUUAUGGUUCUUUUAAACGUUUUUGUGUCCGAUUCGGAACGAAAACCCUCACAGCCGCCCCCAUGGUUGACGGACAAGACGCAACGUGUUUGUGAUACUAUGUUUAGUUCGAAGUUAGAACAAGACGAGACGAUAGAUAAUUUUGCCAGUAAACAACCAAAGCGGGUGCAAGUGUCACCCCAGAAGCCUUCAGAGCGUCCGAAUAGGCCUGCGCCCCCGUCCCCCAGGCCCGCACACGUAGAACUAGAACAGAAAGAUUCCAGCGAUUCCGAGGCCGAGCAAGUCAAGCCAACGCCUAAGCCAGUGGAGCCCCCCUUAAUCGAAGCCGUCGACUUACUCAACCUCAACACCACCCCCAACCCCUCGACCAUAAAGCCCUCCGCAAGCUCAAACUUCGAUCUCUUAAGCGGUUUGGAUUCCUCCAACGACAACUUCCCCUCAUUUCCCUCGAAUCCCGCUCCCAACCCCCAGCCGUCGCUCUUUGACCCGUUCGGUUCCUCGGACCCCCAAAAUAACCUCCUCGGCGAUUGGGGUAAUUUCAAUUCGGCCCCUCCGACUAAGCCCCCCGAGCCCCAGCCCCAGAAACCGACCGACUUUUUCUCCGACUUGGGCAAUCUGGGCGGAGGUGCGUGGAACAGCAACGCGUCCUCGCCCAUCAAAGUCCCCCCCACGACCCCCCAACAAGGGGGCACCCCCCAACACAAGCCCGUCACGCCGCAACACCAAGCCAAGUCGCCGGAUUACAGCAGAUCCCACUUUGAUGCGUUCGGCGAUAAGGGCGAGAAAGGGAAGCCGAAGAGCGAUGAUGUCUUUGGGGAUUUGCUGGGGUCGCAGGGGUACAAGUUCAGCGCGAAGAAAGACAACGCCCCUAGGACGAUCAACGAUAUGAGGAAAGAGGAUAUGGCGACUUACAUGGACCCUGAUAAGAUUAAAAUCAUGGAAUGGAAAGAGGGCAAGAAGAACAAUAUCAGGGCGUUGCUGUGUUCGCUACAUACGGUCCUGUGGGAAGGGACGAAGUGGAAUAAGUGCGAUAUGUCGCAGCUGGUGACACCCGCCGAUGUUAAGAAGGCGUACAGGAAGGCCUGUUUGGCGGUGCAUCCGGAUAAGCAAACGGGUACCGAUAACGAGAACAUGGCCAAGCUGAUUUUUAUGGAAUUGAACAAUGCCUGGAGUGACUUCGAAAAUGAUGCCUCCCAACAAAAUAUCUUCACUAGCUAAUUCUUCUCUACUAUGUGAUCAUUCCGUUUUAUGGUUAACUUAUAGAUUAUUUAUUUUAGGUGAUUUUAUUUCAAUUUUACAUAACAAUGAUGUAGCUCUAAAGUGAUGACUUUAUCAUAUGAAAUGAAAGCAAUUGUCGGAUCUAGACAAUAUUUUAAUCGUAGUUACUUUAGAGGUGUUGUUAAAAUUGAGCGCUGAUGAUAAUGAUAUUAUACUUAAUAGUUUUGUUUUGUAUUGUUUAGAAUAUAUUUUUAUAUUGUGUCACUGUUACAUAACGUCAUUUGUGCAAUUCAUGAUUACGAUUCGUUUCCAGUGUUUUAAAUUUUAUUCAAGUUGCAAACUUCAAAAAUAUAUUUCAAAGAGCAAUCUUCAAACAA